GAAGCUGACUUUUCCUGAAGAUAAGCCAAGAUGGCGGCCACCAUGAAGAAGACAGUUGCAGUUGAAGAUGUCAAUGUCACAUUUGAAGACCAGAAGAAGAUCAAUACAUUUGCUAGAAACACAAAUCGAAUGACUGAGUUCAAAGAUGAAAUAGAGGCAAAAAAGAAAUCUCUACAGAAUCUGCAGGAUGCCAGUGAUGACCUGAUGAUGGCUGAGGAUGACACACUAAAUAUACCAUAUCAGAUUGGAGAUGUGUUCAUCAGUCACACCCAAGAAGAGACCCAAGAGAUGUUGGAAGCUGCGAAGGAACAACUGGAACAGGAGAUCAAAGAGCUUGAAGGGAAAGUGUCUGCGAUACAGCGUGUAUUGGGUGAUCUGAAAGUCCAGCUCUACGCAAAGUUUGGGAACAACAUCAACCUGGAAGCAGAUGAAAGCUGAGUGUGUUGUAAGGGGCCGAGCUUAUCUUGGUCCCAGAUCUGUUUGUGCUGUUUAGCAUGACAGCAAAUCAGUGAUUUAUAGAGGUUUACAAAUGCCAAAAACAGAUCUGGAACCAGGCAACUUAACCUUUACAAAGUGGACUCAUGCAGCUUACAUGUUAUUAGUCCCACACAGUGCCGACAGGAGGCUUUCCUAACCAAUGUUUGUGCUAUACUCAUUAUAGCAUCGACACGAUUUUGUUCAGCUUAACUACUGUAGAGGUUUAUAUUGUUGUGUGGUUUUAUUUUGUAAGCCAGACAGUGGAGACAUUAAACAUGUUGUUUACUU